AUGGACAAUGCCGGCGAAUUCGAGCACGAAGCGUUUCUCGCCUUUUGGCUCUCGAGGUACGUUUUCACCAAUGCGCACGAAACAAUUAGGGAGCAUGUUUUCUCCAUUGCAGUUCAUUUAGCUAGAGGGACAAAGCUUGCUUUAGCACCUGCUGUACUCGCUAGUAUUUAUAGAGACUUGUGUCUGUUGAAAGAUGCAAUCACUGCUUCCACCAAAAUGGGGAAAGAUGAGGUGUUCAAGCUUACCCUUUGGUCACCUUUUCAAUUAGUUCAGGUUUGGGCUUGGGAGAGAUUUACAGAGCUGAGACCUCAACCGAAUCUCAUAGCAAAAGGCGAGCCGAGGCUGGUUCAAUGGCAUGAUGUGAGCUGCAAGGUUGAGAAUGUGAGGUUAGCUCUAGAGUCAGCUAGUGGAAGUUUCGAAUGGCGUCCUUAUACCAAGCAGAUCGAUAACUGGAAACAACCUAAGUUUUAUAGAGAGAAUGAAGUUUGUAUAUGGACCACAGCUCGACUUGAUAAAGAACUAGAGUCGUUUGUUCGAUGCUUGAAGGUUAGUGAGCUAGUGGGACUCAAUUGCAUAGAACAGUACCUUCCUCAUCGAGUUGCAAGGCAGUUUGGAAUGGAUCAGGAUGUUCCUGGUUGUGUUCCUCAAUCGAAAAAUCAGACUCAUGAGGUUGCCUGGCUUAAUUACUGUGAAUCACUUACUGGUGUAAAAUUAUACAUUCCAUCUCGGUUCUAUAAAGCUGGUGUUACGGCGCGGUACUUGAAGUGGUGGAAGGAUUCGGUUUUGGAGAGCAAAAGCACAGGUAAGCGUUUGAAGAAAUCAGCAAAGAAUCCUAAAGGGAAGCGACGGGAAAGUUCUUCAGGUUGCUCUGGCUUUCAUCAGAAAAUAGAGUGUUUCCAUGGAAAGAUGGAAGCUAAUGAUCCAUCGGUUUCUCCUAAUGGUGCCAUGAAGAUCUCAAAGAAACAAGGAGACGGUGUCAACAAGACUAAGAAAUCUAAGAGUGUAUCCCAGAUUUUGGAACAAAAGCAAAUUCGCGAUGACGACUCUACUUCUCCUGCCUCUUGUAGAAAGAACUCUAAGAAAUCAGUGAAGAAUCCGAAAGGAAACAAAAAUGGAAGGGAAGAAUGUUCUUCUCCUGAUGUUCCUUUGGGAAGUUCGAAAGAAUCAGCACAAACUCUGAAAAGAAAGAAGAGAGACAACGGCGAUUCUGCUUCUUCCAAUGUUCCUUUGGGAAGCUCGAAAGAAUCAGUACAGACUUUGAAAAGAAAGAAGAGAGACAACAGUGAUUCGGCUUCUCCCAGUUUGAGUGAAAAACGCAUGAAAAAGUCCACAGAGAAAUCUAAAGGAAUAAAGAAAGAUGAUCCUGUGUCUGCCUCUUCUAAACCUGCUUUUGGAAGCUCCAAAAAACCAGCAUUGGCUAUGAAAGAUAAGGAGGAAGGUAGCAGCUAUGUCGCCUCUCAUGUUUUACCUUCAGCGAGUGCAAAAGAAUCACCAUGUACCCUAGAAAGAAAGAACGGAAAUAGUUCCUCGGACCCUAUCUGUCUUGAGCACAACGUUAACAGAAAGGAAGCGGAGGAUUCUACUGAGGAUUAUAACCCGACUAUUGCAGAAAUUAUGAGAUCCUGCAAGAAGCGUCACGAUAUUAGAACAAAAGAUUCCGAUGAUGAUGGAAACCCAUCAGGCCAUUCUCAAGGUCUUUCGUCGACGAUUGCGGACGACGAAGCUGUUAAAUAUUUUGAGCCGUUGGCAAUGUUGGCAGAAAAGGUCAUCGAGGACGAAUCCAUGCUAAGAGUAGGGGAAACUUUCGAAGGUCCCUACAGAGAUCAGAGAACCAGAGAUGGUGCAGGAGGAAGCUGCGAUGGGAGAAUCAAAAGAACAGCAGAACGUGAAAAGGAGGACAACCCCGAACAACCAGUUCACGAGAUGCUAAGCAUCAACGGUGUUGAAGGAGAGUGCAGUUGCUAUGCGGUCGACAUACCGGGAUUAACGCUCGAAGCCCGGAUCAGCAGGCUUGAGAAACUGGUUGAAGAGCUAAAAGCAAUGAGAUCGGCUUGCAAGUAG